AUGCCAUUCGUCCAAGCAAACAGCCACCGUCUCUACUAUGCCGACUCCCACCCCGACGGGCCUCCAACCCCAAACAGCCUGACCUUCUUCUUCAUCCACGGCCUGGGCUCUUCACAAAACUACUACUACCCAGUAAUCCCGCACCUUACCAAACUCCACCGCUGUAUCACACUUGACACAUACGGCUCCGCCCGCUCCCCGUACACCGACGAGACAAUCACGCUACCGGGCAUCGCCGAGGAUGUCAUUGGCGUGAUGGACACGCUGCACAUCCAAAAGGCCGUCGUAGUCGGUCAUUCAAUGGGCGGGAUUGUAGUGACAGAGCUAGGCGCGCGGUGCCCGGAGCGCAUACAGGGCGUUGUAGCCAUUGGGCCGACGCACCCGUCGGAUACCUUGGUGACGGUCAUGAAUAAGAGAUCGGAGACUGUUCUUGAAUCUGGAAUCGAACCUAUGGCGAAUACCAUCCCCUUUGGAGCUGUCGGUUCGCGCAGCACCCCGCUUCAAAAGGCUUUCAUCCGGGAGUUGAUCCUGGGACAGGAUCCUAAGGGUUAUGCCGCGCUGUGUCGCGCUAUUGCUACAGCGAAGCCGGCAGACUAUGCUGCUGUCAAGGCGCCUUUCCUGCUUAUUGCGGGUGACGAGGACAAGUCUGCUUCUAUGGAGGGGUGCCAGCAUAUCUUCAAUCAUAUCUCGAGUGAGCAGAAGUCCCUCGAGGUUUUGAAGGGGGUUGGACAUUGGCAUUGUAUUGAGGCUGCUGAUGAGGUGGGUGGAUUAAUUGCCAAGUUCGGGGAUGUUCUGAAAGCUGUGAAUGCUUGA